CGUUCUCAGUUAUCCAUGUUCUCAACGUCCACCACUCAAUCUUUCCACUAUGCUUCCCGUUCACCGUGCUCACCAUGCGCACUCUUCACUAGUUACACGUUCGGCAAGCCACUGGUGGGCGCCAACAUCACCAUCAACGCCACGUCCAGCGUGUCCUCCUUCCAACGGGAACGGAACCCGGAGCUGCUCAAGAACAUCUCCGACUAUCAGCUUAGUGACGAGAAGGGCUGCGCAGUCUUCGAUCUGCUGGUCAGCAAGCUGGGCAUCGGGAUCCCCAGGAUCGGGAGCGGCAAUUCGAUAACCGUGAAAGUCCUGGUUGAAGAGAAAGGCACGGGCCUGACGCAGGCGGCGAGCAAGGGCAUCAACCAGAAGUUCAGGUUCAUCAGUCUGCAGCGGAAAGACAAGAUCCAGUCGUACCUGAAGCCCAACCUGCCCUACUAUGGACGAUUCGAGCUGAAGCGCGGGGACGACACUCCAGCCGUCAAUGAAACCGUCGAGGUGUGCUACACGGCAAAUUACAAGGACAGAGCGGCCAGCUCCAGUGACAAAAGCCCGAAGCAGCUUCCCAAAGAUAUCCUCUACAAGGCCGCUUCCAAGUUCUCUGAGAAGAUAGACGCUGAGUUCGGCUACACGCCGCUGAUCUGGGAGACGGAGUCGCCCAAACGCCGAUCCACCAAAAAACAGUGUCGUGAAUAUCUCACGAACGAAGAUGGCCACAUUGUCUACUUCAUCCCCGCGCAAGCCGAGGACAUCGACAGCCUCGACCUCGAGACAAGCUCCGAGGUGGAUGGCGACACAGACAGAGAAUUCGACUCGCUGCGGGCUUUCUUCUCGCCGUCACGGUCGUACAUCAGCAUCGACUCGCACCUGCUGCCUCCGCUGCUGCCCUGCUCCGGCGACGUCACCGUCCAGCUGCUCACGUCGCAGGAGGGACCAGCGCCGCCCAUGGUCUACAAGAUCCUGUCACGAGGUCGGAUCAUCAAGGUGGGCCAGGUGAGCGGCGCCAGCCUCACGUUCCCGGUGCUCACCAAGAUGGGCCCUGAGUUCAAGCUGCUCGUGUACUACAUCAGGGAAAACGGCGAGGUGGUCAGCGACUCCAGGAUCUUCAGCGUCGACAAGUGCUUCCCCAAUCACGUACGUGGUGAUACUGGCCGCGUUUGUGAGGAUUUUGCAGUUAAUCUCAAGUCUACGAAACAGCAGCAUGACCGCGUGGUAAUAAGUAUGACUGGAAAGGAUGAUUGAAAUGAACAUAAUGUG